AUGAGAUGGCAAUAUUGUUCGCAAAUUUUAAAUACAUUUUUAGCUAUAAUUAUUCUUUGUUCCCUUAUUCAAGUUGAUGGUAAAAUUCGUCGUCGACGUCAAUAUACUUAUAAUAACUAUGGUAGCUACGCACUUAAUCCUGCAGUAGCAUCCUAUUAUGACACUAAUACUGCUGAUAUCUAUACAAAUAAUGCUCAGCAAAACAAUCGUUUCAUUGUUGGUGGAGUAGCUUAUCAAUAUCCAACACCUGUCAAUGUCAUGAGUGGUGGAUCAUACAAUCCACAACAAUAUAAUGCUUAUCCGAGCGGAGCUGGUAGUUAUUAUUAUGCUAAUUUGAACAACAUGCGAUUACCAUCACCAGAUGGAUGGUACUCGGCAUAUUAUUUUCAAGGAUAUCCAUUUCUACCAAUCUAUAAUAGUGCUCAGCGUCAUGCAAAUAUGUCAAUUAUUAUUAAACUAUUUUUUAUGAUUUUCACUUGCCUGAUUUGUAUCAAUGUUUUGUAAAUAAAUAGUUUAUAUAAAACAUGUAUGCUUAAGCAUAAAAUGUACUAAUUACAUAAAAAUAAACUCAAAAAUAUUCUUGUGUAGUAUGUAAUCAAUCUCAUUUGAUGUCACGCUAUUUUAACAAAAAUUCAUAAAUAUAGUAAAGUUCAAUAUAAUUUAGGAUAUUUGUUAGUUUCUCGUAAUCGAUGUGUUGAAGAAAUCAUUUUUAUUCUCGUUUGUUUAUAGUGCUCUAUAUGUUGUAGUAACAGCCAUCAAAUGAUUUCUUAUGUUGCCUUUUCUUUUCUUUAAUGUCAAUAAUGAAAUAAAAAAGACAGAUUUCGAUUUGAAACUCUUGAAUAAAGUACAGAAUUCUGUUUAAAUAUAAUUUUUAUUGAAGUCUUCAAUAACCAUGGAAGAAAAUCAAACAGAAGAGAAUUUCAGUGUGCAGAAACAACAAAAUAAUCACAUUGAUCCUUCUAUUGUCACUAAUAAUUCAACUGAAACAUCACAAGCUAACGAGAAACGAAAAGAAACAACAUCACAACCUCACAAUGAACCACAAACAAACACAAUUGGUCAAAGCAACAAAAGAAGAAACACAGAGCAUUCCACACAAACGUGUUGCUGUUGUUGUGUUGGGUGUUAUUACUGUGAUUUUUGUUGCCCCUGCGAUUCAUGUAGCUGGUGCGAUUGUUUAAUUCUUUCAUGCGAUUCAUGUUCAUGUCUAAUUUGUAAUGAUUGUUCAUGUCCUGAUUGUAGUUGCUGUUCGGAUUUAAACUGUUGCUGCGAUAUUUUUGACAUAUGUGGAAACUUUUGUGAGCUUUUAUCGUGUCUAUGUGGAAUAUGUACCAACUAACUAACGAAUCGAGACUUUUUUUUCUAAAAAACAAGGUUUGGAAAAAGUAAGACUUUUAUAUGAUUAUGUCACCAAUGAAUUUUAUAUAGUUUCUUCUGUCUAAUAAAAAUUUGACGAGGAAAAAAGCUGAUGAUUUUAAUAUAAAAGAUAAAUGUCAAAGUCGAGCUGCUUUAGAAAUCAAACUGAUAGUUUGAAAAAUUUUCAAUCCAUGAAGCAGUGACAUAUAUAAGAUAGACGAGAUGCAUAUUAAAUUUCAACAUAUGAUCUACGUGAGAAAAGAACAAUGUUAGUUUUCAUUAAACUGAUUUCCGAAGUUAAAUUAAAACUAGAAGAUUGUUAUUUUAAUGACCUACAGUCAGAAUCGAUUAAACAGAUUCUUUUUGUGUACUCAAAAAGUGAGUACACUCUAGAAUCGGUCAGUGUGUCCGUCCGUCCGGCCGUUAACACGAUAACUUUUGAAAGGAGAGUCCAAUCGCGAUGAAAUUUUCUACACAG